AUGGCUCCUGGGAAGAAGAUCACAGCCAAGAUUAAGAAGACGCUGCCAGUGACAGGCCCCCAGGCUCCAACGCUCAGUGAACUGAUGAAGUGGUACUGUUUGAAUACCAACACGCACGGCUGUCGGCGCAUUGUGGUGUCCAGGGGACGCUUGCGCAGGUUCAUCUGGAUUUUGCUAACUCUGAGUGCUGUUGGACUGAUCCUGUGGCAGUGUGCUGAGCUCCUCAUGAACUAUUACAGCGCUUCAGUGUCCGUCACGGUCCAGUUCCAGAAGUUGCCCUUCCCGGCCGUCACCAUUUGCAACAUCAACCCCUACAAGUACAGUGCAAUGAAAGACUAUUUAUCUGAAUUGGACAAAGAGACAAAAAAUGCUUUGGAGACUUUCUAUGGAUUUUCAGAGGGCAAAUCCAAGGUGCGUCGUUCGGUUGGUGACAGAAACACCACAGGGAGUGAAUUCUUCAAACAGAUCCCACUGCUGAAAUUUGAAGACUUCUCUAGGACAGUUACCGACCUUCGCAGUGGCCAGAAGAGGAAAAUUGAGGGCAAUGUUUUUCACAAAGAUUCAUCCAUAGUGAACUCCGGGGAGUCAAAUGAUAUCAUCGGCUUUCAGCUGUGCGAUGCAAACAACAGCAGCGAGUGUGCCCUUUAUACAUUCAGUUCUGGCGUUAAUGCUAUCCAAGAAUGGUACAAGUUGCAUUACAUGAACAUCAUGGCACAAAUUCCCUUGGAAACUAAAGAAAAAUUGAGUUAUUCUGCUGAUGACCUUCUACUGACAUGUUUCUUUGAUGGCCUAUCUUGUGACAAAAGGCACUUCACUCGUUUCCAUCAUCCACUGCAUGGCAAUUGCUACACCUUCAACAGUGGAGAAAAUGGGACAAUCCUGAGCACCUCCACAGGAGGCAGUGAGUACGGACUGCAGGUUGUUCUGUAUAUAGAUGAAGCAGACUACAACCCUUUCCUGGUGACGUCAACAGGGGCCAAGAUCAUUGUCCAUGACCAAAAUGAAUAUCCCUUUAUUGAAGACAUCGGCACAGAAAUCGAGACAGCAGCAGCAACCUCCAUAGGGAUGCACUUUACUCGGUCUCGCAAGCUCAGCAAACCCUACAGUGACUGCACAGAGACUGGUGCUGACAUACCGGUGGAAAAUCUCUAUAACAAGAGCUACUCACUCCAGAUUUGCCUGCACUCCUGUUUCCAGAAGGCCAUGGUAGACUCCUGCGGCUGCGCCCAGUAUGCACAGCCCUUACCUGCUGGGGCAGAGUACUGCAACUACAAGAAAAACCCCAACUGGAUGUACUGCUACUACAGGCUGCAUGAAAAAUUUGUGAAGGAGCAGCUGGGCUGUCAGCAAAUUUGCAAAGACGCCUGCAGCUUCAAGGAGUGGGCCCUCACCACCAGCAUCGCCCAGUGGCCAUCUACAGUGUCUGAGGACUGGAUGCUUCGAGUUCUCUCUUGGGACAAAGGGCAGAAAAUCAACAAGAAGUUAAACAAAACAGACCUAGCAAAUCUCAUGGUGUUUUACAAAGACCUGAAUGAGAGAUUCAUUUCAGAGAAUCCUGCCAACACGCUUGUCAUUCUUCUUUCCAACUUUGGAGGCCAGCUGGGCCUUUGGAUGAGCUGCUCAGUUGUUUGUGUCAUUGAGAUUGUGGAGGUUUUCUUCAUUGAUUCACUUUCCAUCGUAAUGCGGCGGCGAUGGCAAAAGACAAAGAAAUGGUGGAACGACCGGAAAAGAGAACAGGUGGGGAAGCCAUCUCAGGCCAGUGAUCUGGACAGAGAAGGCCAUGAUAACCCUGUGUGCAUCGAUGAGGACCUGCCCACCUUCAACACUGCCCUUCGCUUACCACUGCCCCAGGAGAACCACCUGCCCAGGACUCCUCCACCCAAUUACAGCACUUUGCGGCUAGAGACUGCGUUCACAGAACAGCUGCCUGAUACGCUAGAUGUUGGGCAACACUGAUGCAUUGUUUAUCCGCUCAUCGAGAUGCCAAAAUAAGAAGUGGAUGCUGGACCCGUGUGUCCAGGGGUGAAAGGCACACACCCAAGCAAGCACUGAAGGGUUGUUGGGUCAGACCCUUAUUCAGGGAUUGAACUUGCGGUCAAAGCGUCUCUAGGCAAAGCUCAGACACAAAAGCUGAGGGCUCAGAGACAUUAAGAACUUCAAACAACAUCAAUUCUCAAGUUAAUUAUUGCAGGAGAUGGCUAGAGCAGGAUGUGGCACUGAGCUGGGAUGUCUUGCCAGACAGAGGCAUACGUUAGCAACAAACUGUGCACACACCCCAUUGUAUGUGGGCAGGAAUUACUCCACAGCAGAAGAUUGAUGCCACAUUGACUAUUAAUGCUAAUUGCUCUCUGCUGUGUGGCUUGACUUGUGGGAAAAACCCAGGGCUUUCAGGAAUGUGGCAUGACAUUUGUAGGAAGGGGAAAGAGCUUUGGGAAGAGCACAAAAUGGAUGAAAGAGAAGCUCUCAGUUUGAAUUUUGAUUAGUGAUCUGAUUCCAAAGUGGUUUCAGGAGCUCUUUAGUCUGAGAUGAAAAGUUAGGAUAGUAAUAGAUUUGCUUGUAGAGUAAGUUAUUACACAGCUUCAGUAAAAGAACCUAAGUCAUCCCGAAAUGGUAAUUUUAAAGUGUACGAAAUCUAAUUUGGAGCACAACAAUGAACUGCAUACUCUGCAAGCUUGUUUCAUUUAACAUCGCUCAAGCCAGACGCUAAAUACAUCCUCAGAGUAGGUCAUUAAGCAGCGCGUGGCCUCGGACGCCUGACUUCCCAGAAGCCUCAGAGAGAGCUGAAUUCUCAUCUUCCUGCUCAAUCCCCAGGUGAGGACUUUCUUCCCGCAGCCACCCGGUGGUUCAUCCGCCCGCGCACCGGCUCCGGCGCCGGCCCCCGGCGGCACUGCGGGGCCGGGGAGGAGGCAGAGCCGCAGCGGCAGCUGGAGCUGCACUGGGCUCCCCGCCUGGCCCCUGAAGGAAGGAGGAUACAUCUGCUCCGCCUGCAUGUUGUUAAGCUCGGUGACACUGCCCUGGUCCACACUCCGGUGUCGACACCCAUAUCCUGCCGCCCGUGCACAGAGCUGUGCUAAUUCUUCCAAGCCGGACCCUCCCCGCGCUGCAACCACGGAGACAAAAGCCAGUCAUUGGGUUUGCGUGCCUGUCAUUAAAGGUUGCUGCCUGUGCCCAUCCUUAGCAUGGAGGCGAGCCCUCGUCACUGGAAUUUCCUGCCUUGCAUCUGUGAACAAGAGCGCUCAGGGUCUAGUUCUGCAACCUCCCAGUCAAGCAGCAGAAAUGCCAGCUGGCUGCAUUGGCAGCAGGUCUGAAUGCAAAGCAAAGCUGUAGCUUAUCUUCCCAAAAUGGUAGUUUACCUUCCACCAGGCUCAUUUCUCUGCUCAAGUUUGCUGUGCUGCUGCACAGACGAGUGCCCCAGCACAAUUCCCGAGGCCAAGGGAGCAGCAGCAAGGGGAGCGGGGACCGCCUGCGCUGCAUGGCUGCAAACGCGCUUGUGUCGUGACAGCCUCAGCGUCCAGGCGUCCACACGGUCUCGGUGGCAGAAUCCCUCCCCAACUCCAAAUCCUCCUCCCAGCUUUUCCCCACAGCAGCCUGUUUCUAGCUGAUUAGAGCACACUGUAGAGACGUGAGGAGGAAGGUAGCCUACACUGGCCUGGCUGCUUAGGGCUUUUGUGGAACACGUGUGUAUGUCUGUGUGUGUGUGCGUGCAUGCGUAACGG